GGAAGAGAAAAAUAGUAUUGUGAUGUGGGGUUGGGUGGCGUUGACGCGGUCGAAAGAGUGGUAACAAAAAGAGGGGCUAGUUUAGAUUUAGAUAAUAAAACAAGGAGAAGACGACGCGGGGAAUCUCCGGUUUCCACCGACAUCACUUCCCAAUUCUCUGAUCUCAUUCUAUUCACCUCCAUGGCCGAUGACAAGCAACUCAAUCACGAGGAGGCAAGUCCUCUUCUCCACCAAGCCCACCCCAAAUCCCAGCCCUCUCUGCCCGAGACUCCCGAGUUUCUUCUCGGCUGGACCGCCGAUGGGCUCCCGCUAGGCCACGCCAGCGUCGUCGGCCAGCCCAUGGGCCGGGCUCCCUGGAACUCCUCCAUCUGCGCCUGUCUCGGUCAGAGCGAUCACUUCUGCAGCAGCGAUCUCGAAGUUUGUCUUCUUGGGAGUGUGGCUCCUUGUGUGCUGUAUGGAAGCAAUGUUGAGAGACUUGGAUCUGCUCCUGGGACAUUUGCCAAUCAUUGCAUGCCUUAUACGGGUCUGUAUAUAAUUGGGAAUUCCUGCUUUGGUUGGAAUUGCCUUGCACCAUGGUUUUCCUAUCCUAGCCGUACUGCUAUUCGAAGGAGGUUCAAUUUAGAGGGAAGUUGUGAAGCACUUAAUAGAUCAUGUGGGUGCUGCGGAAACAUUUUGGAAGAUGAGGUGCAGCGUGAACAGUGUGAAUCUGCAUGUGACUUGGCAACUCAUGUCUUCUGUCAUGUAUGUGCUCUUUGUCAAGAAGGUCGUGAGCUCCGUCGCAGGUUACCCCAUCCUGGCUUUAAUGCUCAACCAGUACUGGUUAUGAUUCCUCCAUCAGAGCAGACCAUGGGACGUGAGGCUUGAACAUAUUCUCUCUCAUCUUGGAAGUGCUAUUCGUGUGUAUGAUACUGUUGCCUCUAUAUAAUUGAUGUUGUUGAACCAUAUUGUGACUUUUUCUAAACAGUGUCCUGGCGUUUGAAUUUUUUUUUCUUAUAAAUAAGAACAUGAAACAUCAUUGUAUUUCUGCUUGUUUCCCUAUUGUUUUGUAUUACAUAUAGAUUUGAAUGAUAUGGGAGAAAAUUUCCCCUAGUGUCUAUGCGUAAUUGUUUAGUUCAACGAACUGAAUGAAAGGAUAUGUCACAUUGUGUAUAAUAAUUACUAUAUGGUUAUGUA